CUACGUCCUAGUCAUAUGACAAUUGGGUGAGGUUUAUUGAACGGUAGCUCAAUUUUUUCAAAAAAAUCGAUCAAAAUGAUGAGCUCAUGUUUUUGGAAUAUUGAUGGCGGAUAUUUGGAAGGUUUGUGCCGAGGUUUUAAAUGUGGAAUACUGAAACAAACGGAUUAUUUGAAUUUAGUUCAGUGUGAAACUUUGGAAGAUUUAAAGUUACAUUUACAAGGAACUGAUUAUGGUACAUUCUUGGCGAAUGAACCAUCACCAUUAUCGGUAUCAGUUAUUGAUGACAAAUUACGUGAAAAGCUUGUUGUCGAAUUCCAACAUCUUCGUAAUCAAGCUGUUGAACCCCUAUCAACAUUCUUGGAUUUUAUCACUUACAGUUAUAUGAUUGAUAACAUUAUUCUAUUGAUUACUGGUACAUUGCAUCAACGACCUAUUUCUGAAUUGAUUCCAAAAUGUCACCCACUUGGUAGUUUCGAACAAAUGGAGGCAAUUCAUGUUGCUGCAACACCUGCUGAAUUGUAUAAUGCUGUGUUAGUUGAUACACCAUUAGCUCCAUUCUUUGUGGAUUGUAUCAGUGAACAAGAUUUGGAUGAAAUGAAUAUUGAAAUUAUUCGUAAUACUUUGUAUAAAGCAUAUCUUGAAGCUUUCUAUGAAUUUUGUAAGGCAAUUGGUGGUACAACUGCUGAUGCAAUGUGCGAAAUAUUAGCGUUUGAAGCUGAUCGUAGAGCAAUUAUUAUAACAAUCAAUUCAUUUGGAACUGAAUUAAGUAAAGAUGAUCGUGCAAAAUUGUAUCCACGUUGUGGAAAAAUGAAUCCAGAUGGUUUAGCUGCAUUAGCUCGAGCUGAUGAUUAUGAACAAGUAAAAGCUAUUGCAGAAUACUAUGCCGAAUAUUCAGCAUUAUUUGAAGGUGCUGGUAAUAAUCCUGGCGAUAAAACACUGGAAGACAAAUUCUUCGAACACGAGGUUCGUUUAAAUGUAAACGCAUUUUUACAACAAUUUCAUUUUGGUGUUUUCUACGCAUACUUAAAAUUAAAAGAGCAAGAAUGCCGUAACAUCGUAUGGAUUUCAGAAUGUGUCGCUCAAAAGCACAGAACAAAAAUAGACAAUUAUAUUCCAAUAUUUUAAACUUCAUAUCAUUCCUAAAAAAAGAAAAAUUUGCUAUUGGGAAUAUAAAUUAUCCUAAACCGCAUUUAUUUACGUUACGUAAAAACGUUUUAGGAUUAUUUUUGAAAAAUGCUGUAAGAAAAUAUUAGAACAUUUUUAUUGUUAAUAAUUGUUUUAUCUUCAUAAGUUAUAUAUUACAGUCAAAACUGGUUAAACGAUUAACUUUAGGUACUACUCCUUAGCAACAUGAUUCAAUCUGAUUAUUCAAUGCUUGAUAUUUGCAUUUUUCCCCACCCAUAUUUAAUGUCUUUCAUCUGUGAUUUUUAUAUUCUUGGCCACAUUUUUGUAUAGAAAGAAAAACUAAUUUGACUUUAUUUAACAAGAUCUAAAUGCAUUACUGGUCAGACCCAGUGAUAUUUUUUGAAAGUAUUGAUAGCAAAUAUCGAGCCUAAUCAGAUUAGCUGUACUCAUUUCAUAUAUUUCUGUUUCUAAUUAAGGUGUAAAACAUUCCCUAGUUUAAAACAAUGUGAAGCAAUUUUUCUACCUGUAAAUGUAUUGUACUAAACUUUAUGCAUUAAUCUCGAUCCCGAAUAUAACAUAAUAAAUUUGCAUACAAAAAGAAGCAGCGGUACUUUCAAUAUUAACUAGAACUAAGGUAAAUUAUGAUACAGACGGAACAUUAUUUUAACAUAAUUUCAGUAUUAUAAAAAUUUUAUGAAUCUAGCAGAAAAUCGUGCAAUAUAUACUAAAUUUUCCGCACAAUUAAGGCCCAAGUUCUAUAAUUUUCUUAUAGUAUUUCUUGCAUAAAUAUAUGUUAUAAAUUAUUGUAUAGAUUUUCAUA